CCCUGCUUUUGCGAAAUCAACAAGAGGCUAGGCCAGCAAGUAGUAUAUGAAAGCCCUGGGCUAACGGUGCUGGUCGAGGCAGCUUUCUCUCCCGGGAGGAGGGACAAAAUUAUUUUCCCCCUACUUCUAGUGGCCCUCACGUCAACAGGAGAUCAUAUUUGACGCAAAAUAACGGGUGCCAUCGUAAUGGAUUGACCGAAGGGGAGCAGCUUUUCACCGCAAUUCUGGCGUUCGUUUGGACGUCCUGAGCAGCAGGUGUACUGACGGGCAAAGAAGGCUAUCUCAGUGUUCAUGAAACUUUGCUACGAUUUACGCGCUGGGGUUGCCGUCCGCCAUGUUAAGUUAAAGCCCAGGUGCGCGGUGUUGACCAUGCUCAAGCGCCUGGACAAGAUCCGCUUCCGAGGCCCGAGAACGAGAGACGACUUCCCCGAGCUGGGCGAGUCGCCGCCCGCCUCCGACAACGAAUGUAGCGACGACAUGCAGCUGAAGCCGCGAGCAGCUCCGCGAGACGGCGAUGACCUCCUGCGAGACCCUGCUGGUUCAGGAUCUCCAAUCAUGGCAGCGGCAAUCCAAGACUUCCAGAGGUCGGAGUCAGACCGACUCAAUGAGGUCAAAGGUCACUUGGAAAUUGCCUUACUGGAGAAACACUUUCUACAGGAGGAGCUGAGGAAGCUACGGGAGGAGACCAAUGUGGACUCCCUUCGGCAAGAGCUGGAGAGAGAGCGGAGCAAGCGCCUCGACCUGGAGCACAAGAUGGGCGAUGUGCUGAAGACCAGGCUGGAAGAUUCUCCGCCGCAACCGCCCCGAAAACAACAGUCGCCCUCCAAUAAUGGAACAGCAGAUAAGCAGCAGCAGAAGGAGGUGUGGAGCUCGCGGCUGCAGAAGUGGCUGUACGAGCGCUUCGGAGUUUACAUUGAAGACUUCCGCUUUCAGCCAGAGGAGAGCACGGUGGAGGCCGAGGAACCACUAAGUGCUAAAAGGUUGACAGAAAACAUGAGGCGACUCAAGCGAGGAGCCAGGCCUGUCACCAACUUUUUAAGGAACCUCUCCGCCUUAUCCAAUUGGCACUCUGUGUACACCUCAGCUAUUGCCUUCAUUAUUUACAUGAACGCUGCUUGGCACGGCUGGGCCAUUCCCAUGUUCCUCUUCCUGGCAAUCCUGCGCUUGUCCUUAAAUUACCUCAUUGCUAGAGGUUGGAGGAUCCAGUGGAGCAUUGUGCCUGAGGUCUCUGAGCCAAUGGAGCCUCCAAAGGAGGACCUGACUGUGUCGGAGAAGUUUCAGCUUGUACUUGACGUUGCACAAAAAGCACAGAACCUCUUUGGCAAAAUGGCGGAUGUUUUAGAGAAAAUAAAAAACCUCUUCAUGUGGGUGCAGCCGGAGAGCACCCGAAAACUGUACAUCUGCCUGUGGGUGGCUUUCAUCACCUCCUGCGUCCUGCCGUACAAACUGAUGGGCUUCAUGAUUGGCCUGUACGCCGGCAUCAAGUUCUUCAUCAUAGACUUCCUCUUCAAGAGCUGCCCCAAGCUGCGCGACAAGUACGACACCCCCUACAUUGUGUGGAACAGCCUCCCUACAGACCCCCAGCUCAAAGAGCGGACCAACGCCACUGUGUCACGGCGGCUCUCUGCCACAGAGAAGGUGCAGCCCGUGGCUUCUCGAGGCAGCCUGGCGGCCGUGCCAUGCGGCAUAAACCGAGAAGAGGAGACCGGGCGCUCCCACAGCACCAAGAAGGGAGCCUUCCAUGAGAUCUUCAACUUACCAGAGUUGGAGCGCCCUCUGGCGGUGUGUGAGAACGGCUGGCGUUGCUGCCUCAUAAACAGAGACAGGAAGAUGCCCACAGACUACAUCAGGAAUGGGAUGCUUUACGUCACUGAGAAUUAUUUGUGUUUUGAGAGCUCCAGCUCUAGAUCGGGCUCCUCCAAGAAGAAUAAAGUCAUCAAGCUGGUUGACAUCACUGACAUACAAAAGUACAAGGUGCUGUCAGUCCUACCAGGAAGUGGAAUGGGCAUCUCCAUAGCAACUCCUUCCACUCAGAAGCCGCUAGUGUUCGGCGCCAUGAUCCACCGAGACGAGGCGUUCGAGGCCAUCUCCACGCAGUACACCAAGAUGGUCACCACCAGCAAGCCGCCGGCCGCCACUGCCGCCGCCACCGGCGAGCUGUAAACACCUCGCUGGGACCUUCAGGCGCCACUUCCUGUUGGUUUAUGGACUCUUUUUUUUUUUUUUUUUAAUCAAGAGGGGGCUGGUCCCUCCUCGGUCACCUGACUGUUUCCCUUGUGUCGUGCGUGUGUGCGCGUGCGUGUGUGUGUUGCAUGUGUGACAAAAUAGUCUUCAACUGUGAUUAUUUUUCUGCCCUCCAGUGGUGUGAUUCCACAAUAUCAUGAAAAACAACUGGAGCGUUAUAAUACAGACGCGUCAAUGACUGCAUUUUUUUUUUGUGCAAAUGUGAAAUAUGUAGCUUAUUUUUCCUCCAUAUUUGCCUUUUUAUUUACAUGUUUGGACAGACUGUGUGGGGGGAGCACAACACUGACAGAGAACAUCUCACAUUUCAUGGUAAACGGCACAAUGUGGUACGAAAUAAGCGGCAAAAUAUUCUCCCUGCACUUUAUUACCUUUCAAGUCUAACUGGAAUCUUUCAGAAGUACUCUUUCAAGGAGAUGUCACAGUUUCCUUCAAAUCCAAUCACUUCUAGUCAGGUGAUCUAGCCCCCAUCUCCAUGUUUAGCUUUAUUGGAAGAGAGUAAAGCUGGUCUUAACUCCUUUUUUGUGUAGACUGCCAAACUCCAGCACAUUGCAUAGGGGAAAAAAAAGGCCUCGACAUUUUAAUAUUUAUUAUCUUACCCGGUCAAGUCAGUCGGAAAUGUCAGUUUUAACUCUUCAGUCUGCACACAUCUUUUAUCAUUUUGAAAUGAAAAUCAACAUGACCGGGUAUGACAUUGCGAUACAUAAAAGCAAUUGACUGGUUCAAACAAUAUUUUUUGUUGUAUUUUUGUCUUAAAAGCUUUUUACCUGUCGCCUUUUUUUGUAGUCUGUUUUAAACGGAAAAAGCACAGAAUGUAUCAUGUUAUUUUUCCUUUUUUUUUUGCCAAAUCUGCCAUAUUCUGCCUAAACUCAUGUUUACAUGAUUAUAUUUAUCUCUUUUUAGUUUGAAUUCCUGUUCAUUUUGGAAUAAUGACGACUGCUGUUCUUCAUUAAAUACUCUGUCCACGUUUUCUAUUGGCUUACAUGACUUGGUCACAUGAAGCUUUUUAACCAAUAGGGACGCAGCAAUAGGGACGCAGCUAAUUGCAGCUUAACAUUUUAGAAUGGUCACUUUCCAAUUUGUUUAUUGCUUAUUUGAACCGUUUAUAGACUGAACAAGGAUCACUUCUUACUUCAACCACUGUGAGUUGUCAAGAACUUUUCUUUUUAAUGAAAUACGAGUGCGCACCUAAUUCUGCAAGGCACUUUAGACGAAAUGCAACCUUUUGGUGUCACACUGUUCUCUUUUUGUCUAAAUGUUGAAUGUACAGUUUGCCUCGCUUUACAGAAGCACCGAAAGGCUGCAAACAAACUUCAUGUGACAUAAAAAAAAGUCAAAUAAAUGUAGAGAAAUCUCCAAUGAUGCAGUUCUGUUUUAUGGGUUGAUACUUUAUGAUACAGGAAAUCGUUAUUUGUGCUCAUUCUCUAUUUGUGAUUCGUAAAAUUUGUAUACAAAUGACUUAAAAUGUACAGUAAAGAAAAUUAAAAGCACUUCGUUUCUCAAAAAAAUGUCUACUGUAAAGGAUAAUGUGAUUUUUUUUUUAUUUAAGUAAAUGGUUUUAAAGCAAA